AUGGCUUCAACAACUGAUAAUAACGAUAGCGUCUCCAUCAGCCAAAACAGCAGAGAAGAAAAAUGCAUUGAAGGGGAACUCAGUGACGAAGAGGAAGAAGAAGAAGAGGAACCCCCACUUUUGAAGUACACGCGACUCAGCCAGUUACCACCAAACUUUUUCAAAAAUGACCCAGUGUCCACAGCAACAUUCAGCGAAAACGUGUUUGUCUUUGGAACUCACUCUGGAAAGAUUCUUUUGACAAAACCAGAUUUUUCCACCAUCAGGUCUUUCAAGGCACACAAAGCAUCAAUUUUUUCUUUAUACACCGAUGGCCGAUUUUUUGCCAGUGGCUCCAUGGACGGAACGAUUGUGAUUGGGUCGGUAUCAGACCCCAAAGAUAUUGUAUUGUUUGACUACAAGAGACCGAUCCAUGCUGUUGUUUUAGAUAAGAACUACCAGAGGACAAGGAGCUUCAUCUACGGAGGCAUGGCUGGACUCGUCAUUUACUCGUCUAAAAAUUGGCUCGAUCAGCGGAUAGAAACAAACUUGGACAAAAACAAUGGCCCUAUAACUGCUAUUUAUACGGUGGAUGAUCUCGUAUUGUGGAUGAACGAUAAAGGUAUCACAGUCUACCAAACGACCGCGAGACAGGUGAUUUCCGUUAUAUCCAAACCAUCUGAUUCUUUCAGAAGCGAUCUCUACUGGCCACGAGUUUCUUUCCCGGAAACUGACAGGAUUCUCAUCGCUUGGGGAAAUUAUGUCUGGUCACUUCGUCUUCAUACUAAAGGCACCAAUGGCUCUUCCACCGGCGCAGGAUCGUCAGUGAGGAGUAGAAUCUUGCCCAGUACCGCCUCGCUUUCAUUUCGCUCAGUGCCGGAAGUAAAGGUCGAGGUAGAGCAUGUUUUUAAAGUUGAUUAUUUGAUUUCAGGGAUUUCAGGUUUCAAUGAUGAUCAAUGGGCUGUGUUAGCGUAUAAUCAACCGGUAAAACACGACGUGUCAGGAAUUCUUGUUUCACAAUGUCCCGACCUUAAGAUACUAAGCUCGGUGGAUGGCUCUACUGUUUUUGAAGAAGAACUCUCCUUCAAUGGAAUAGAGGGUUUAGGUCUCAAUGAUUACCACAUGCUAUCCCACAUAGGGCCUUCUGCUACAAUGUAUUUGAUGCUAAGUGCACGAGAUGGAAUAAUAGCACAGCAAGUGCAACUAGAUGAUAGACUAGAAUGGUACUUGGAAAGGAAAUUAUUUGCAAAGGCCUGGCACAUGAGUCAACACAUCGUAAGUCCUGGAAGAAGACUCGACCUUGGCGUCAAACAUUUGGACUCUCUCGUUAAAAACAAUAAAUGGGAUGAAGCUGCUGAUUGGCUCUCAGCUAUCUUGCUUCUUGACACAAAUUCUUUCCCUGAGAUGGAGGCUUUGAUCAAAGAAUAUGUUAUUCAGUGGAAUCUGUGGGGAGACAUCUUUAUCAAAUCGAGGCAUGUUCCCGAGCUCACAAACAUCAUCCCAACAGAUACGCGAUGGAACUUGAAAAAGUCACUUUUCACAAAUAUAUUAACAUACUGGCUUGAAGAAACUGAUAGCGAUGAAAUGUUUUAUCAACUCAUUGACAAAUGGGACAUGGAUCUUUAUGACGUAAGGACUGUUACAAGCAGUAUCGAACACAUGCUCGAAAUCAACUCGGAAGACAAAACCUUGAGACAAAAGCUUUGCAACAUUUACGAAAAUUCGUUAGAGCCAAGUAAAGCUGUUCCUCAUUUGUGUGCACUAAAAAACCCCAACAUUGUUGAGUACUUGGAUAAGCACCAUAUCCUUAAUAUGUUCACAUCUGAGCUACCAGAAUUUCUUGAACUUCGAUUUGAUAGGAAGUCGGACCUCGAAACUCUACCCAUACCCGAGGUUAAAACUAAAUUGGACCCUAUCGUUGACAUUCUAGUUGAGCGGAGACACGAAAUGUUUCCAAACACAAUUGUAAAUUUGAUGAAAGAUAAACGUCUUAGUAUCGUGAGCUUCAUGUACCUCGAGAGACUAGCUGCGAUAGAUGAAUUAUUGGUCAAGGGGCUCGAAAAUACGAGAAUUGAAUUGUUCUCCCAAUUCGAUAGACCAAAACUUCUCCCGUUUUUGAUGGCAACUAGCACUUACGACAUUUCUAAAGCAAUUGACGUUUGCGAAUCAAACGCUUUUGUGGACGAGCUUGUUUACUUACUUGGGGAGAUUGGAGAAAAUCAAAGAGCAAUGUCUUUAAUAACAGAACAACUCGAUGACCCAGUCCGAGCCAUCAAGUUUGCCAAGAUGCGAAACGAUGCAGAGACAUGGAAUGUACUUUUAGAAUACUCGUUCAGCAAACCAAAGUUCAUUAAAGCCUUGCUUGAAAUGGCCGAUGAUCAAUCGAGCAACUUUUACAGCCCCAUGACAAUUCUUCAAAAUAUGACAACGGAUGUGCACAUCGAAGGAUUGAAAGAAUCCAUUUCAAAGGUCUUUGAGGAUCAUGACAUGAAUGUCAUUGUUAACCAGCUUCUAUUGAAAAUUGUCUAUAAACGAUCCGAGGAAAUCAGCAAGAACUUCAAAGAAGAAAAAUUAAAAGGCUUUAUCAUAAUGGCGGAUGAUCCCGAAUACAAAGCGUUAGCAAAUAUAUAUGAAACGAUCGUGCUAAUACUGGAUCCAAGUGCGCCAUCAAAACCAAAACUAAGACUGGUGAGCCAACUUUUGAGCAAUGAUAAGAACGCAAACACGCUGUACACCAAUAUGAGGAACAAAUCGAGGCAUAUUCGCUAUAUUGAAGAAGAAUACCAGAAAAUGAAAGCGAACUUGAGAGACUCGACAAAGAAAAACUAG